AUGGCGUUCCAGGCCUCGAUUCCCCGGCCAAAUGUGGCCGCAUUGGCAUCAGACCUUUGGCCCUCAAUGUCGACUGUGAUCGCUUCCCCCCUCAAGAAAUCUGCCUCGGCGCCGAUGACGAUGGCCCGGAUGCGCAACAUCCGGCAACAAUCCACCGUUGCUGGAAAAACCUACGCGUAUGCACCUCGUUCAACCUCGUCGCUCUACUAUGAAAAAAAUCCCCUCUGGUCUACGCCCAAGGCAUCCGUUGCCCCCGUCGUUACGACUUCUGCAGCCCGGUUGUUGUCCACAUGGGCUCCUCGUCGCCCCAAUACAGUCUCUGGACCUUCCCAGCUCCAGCAGCAGCGAUUCUUGUUUGGUGGUCCCUCGCAGAGUAUGUUGGCUCAAAAGGAAAAGACUGCGAACAACAACCCGGGUAGUGCGACUGCGCAGAACAGCUUCUAUCAGGCUCUUCUCCGAGCAAACAUGCCCGCUUUCAUCAUUGAACGGUACCGCAGUGGCCAAUUCGCCAGUAAUGCUGCAUCCGAAGCCAUCUACGCCAAGGCGUUAGAGCGCGCUGGCGAAUCGGGUGCGCUGGCAGGUCAGGGCCAGACUCUCAACACGGAUCAGCUUCAAGCUAUUGGUCAAGCUGUCGCUGCUCGAUCUCACGGUGGUCAAAUUGGUAUGGCGAACAAGCCCAACGGUACUGGUGCAAAGGAGGCUCCCCUCUAUGUUGUAGUGGAGGAGUCCCUGGGUAAUACUGUCUUCCGCUGGGUCAAGUUUCUUCUCAUCUUUGGUUUCUUCACUUAUCUGUCACUUGUCCUGGUCACCAUCUUGGUUGAAACGACCGGUGUUUUGAAAAACAUCCGCGGUCAACAGAACAAUGAAGCCCAACCCGAAAAGCAAACUGUGCGUUUCAGUGACGUUCACGGCUGCGAUGAGGCCAAGGAUGAAUUACAGGAGCUGGUCGAAUUUUUGCUCAACCCGGAACGCUUCUCCUCGCUCGGUGGAAAACUCCCCAAGGGUGUCCUCUUGGUUGGUCCUCCCGGUACCGGUAAGACACUCUUAGCCCGUGCUGUGGCUGGCGAGGCGGGAGUUCCGUUCUUUUACAUGUCUGGCUCCGAGUUCGAUGAAGUCUAUGUCGGCGUUGGCGCCAAACGAGUACGUGAUCUGUUUACGCAAGCCCGCAGCAAGUCUCCGGCCAUCAUCUUUAUCGACGAACUGGACGCCAUAGGUGCCAAGCGAAAUGAGCGUGAUGCUGCCUACGUCAAGCAAACGCUCAACCAGCUUUUGACCGAGCUCGAUGGUUUCUCUCAAACAAGUGGCGUCAUUAUCAUCGGUGCGACAAACUACCCGCAAUUGCUCGACAAGGCAUUGACUCGACCUGGUCGUUUCGAUCGCAAGGUCGUCGUUGGUCUUCCGGAUGUUCGUGGACGCAUGGAUAUUCUGCGUCAUCACAUGAAGAGUGUUCAGAUCAGUACCGAUGUGGACGUUGGUGUCAUUGCCCGUGGUACCCCUGGCUUCUCCGGUGCUGACCUGGAGAACCUGGUCAAUCAGGCUGCGAUUCAUGCUAGCCGCGACCGUAAGCCCAAGGUCGGUCCUCUGGACUUUGACUGGGCCAAGGACAAGAUUAUGAUGGGUGCCGAGGCUCGCAGCCGGAUCAUCCAGGACAAAGAUAAGCUUUUGACCGCUUACCAUGAGGCUGGUCAUGCGCUGGUUGCCUACUUCUCACGCUCCGCCACCCCCUUGUACAAGAUCACCAUCGUUCCCCGCGGCAUGGCCCUGGGUAUCACACACUUCCUGCCCGAAAUGGACACUGUCUCUCGCAACUACACCGAGUAUCUUUCCGAUAUUGACGUGGCUAUGGGCGGCAAGGCUGCCGAGGAACUGAUCUUCGGGGCGGAAAAUGUCACCAGCGGUAUUUCAGCGGAUAUCCAACAAGCCACCGAGACAGCCUUCACAUUGGUCACCCGAUUUGGUUAUUCCAAGAAGCUUGGAAAUGUGGACUUGUCCACCAAUUACGACAGUCUUUCUUCGGAAACGAAGCAGGAGAUUGAGGCGGAAGUGCGACGCCUCGUAGAGGAAGCCCGUGCACGCGCUACCAAGAUCCUGACGGAGAAGAGAGAGCAGCUCGAGAUCCUUUCCAAGGCCUUGAUCGAGUAUGAGACCUUGACCAAGGAAGAAAUGGAACAGGUGCUUCGGGGCGAGAAAUUGGACAAGAUGUCGAUUGCGCCAGAUACACCAAUCAGAGUCCCCGACGCUCUGCAGGCUGCUGGAUUCAACGCCAACGCGACUGGCGAUGUCCCUCCCACCGCCACAGAGUAG